UACCACACAGGAAACUACUACUUUGGCACCAACAAGUACUACUGAACCCCCCCACUACUACAAUUUUGCCAACUACCACACAGCAAUCUACUACUUUGGCACCAACAAGUACUGAACCCCCCACUACUACAAUUCUGUCAACUACCACACAGGAAACUACUACUUUGGCACCAACAAGUACUACUGAACCCUCCACUACUACAAUUCUGCCAACUACCACACAGCAAACUACUACAUUAGCACCAAGUACUACUGAAACCCCCACUACUACAACGCUUCCAACUACCACACAGCAAACUACUAAUUUGACACCAACAAGUACUACUGAACCCCCCACUACUACAGUUCUGCCAACUACCACACAGCAAACUACUACUUUGGCACCAACAAGUACUACCGAACCCCCCACUACUACAAUGCUGCCAACUACCACACAGCAAACUACUACUUUGGCACCAAGUACUACUGAAUCCGCUACUACUACAAUGCUGCCAACUACCACACAGCAAACUACUACUUUAGCACAAACAAGUACUACUGAACCCCCCACUACUACAGUUCUGCCAACUACCACACAGCAAACUACUACUUUGGCACCAACAAGUACUACCGAACCCCCCACUACUACAAUGCUGCCAACUACCACACAGCAAACUACUACUUUGGCACCAAGUACUACUGAAUCCGCUACUACUACAAUGCUGCCAGCUACCACACAGCAAACUACUACUUUAGCACAAACAAGUACUACUGAAUCCCCUACUACUACAAUGCUGCCAACUACCACACAGCAAACUACUACUUUGGCAUCAACAAGUACUACCGAAUCUCCCACUACUACAAUGCUGCCAACUACCACACAGCAAACUACUACUUUGGCACCAAGUACUACUGAACCCCCCACUACUACAACGCUUCCAACUACCACACAGCAAACUACUACUUUGGCACCAACAAGUACUACUGAACUCCCUACUACUACGAUUCUGCCAACUACCACACAGCAAACUACUACUUUGGCACCAACAAGUACUACCGAACCCCCCACUACUAAAAUGCUGCCAACUACCACACAGCAAACUACUACUUUGGCACCAAGUACUACUGAAUCCCCUACUACUACAAUGCUGCCAACUACCACACAGCAAACUACUACUUUAGCACCAACAAGUACUACUGAAUCUCCUACUACUACAAUUCUGCCAACUACCACACAGCAAACUACUACUUUGGCACCAAGUACUACUGAACCCCCUACUACUACAAUGCUGCAAACUACCACACAGCAAACUACUACUUUGGCACCAACAAGUACUACUGAAGCCCCAACAACCACGCCAACUCCUACUACUACUACAGCACCAACUACUACUGUUGCUUUUACUACUACUGCAGUGCCAACCAGUACUGAAUCCCCUAGUACUACAAUACUACCAAUUUCUGUAGCUCUUCUAACAACUACAACACCAACUACUUCUGUUGUUGCCACAACUACUGCACUGCAAACUAGUACUGAAACACUUACCACUACAAUUCUGCCAACCACCACACAGCAAACUACUACUUUGGCCUCAACAAGUACUACUGAAGCCCCAACUACUAUUCCUACUACAACAACACCGACUACUACUGUUUCUUCUACUACUGCAGUGUCAGCCAGUACUGAACCCCCUACUACUACAAUGCUGCCAACUACCACACAGCAAACUACUACCUUGGCACAAACGAGUACUACUGAAGCCCCAACAACCACGCCAACUCCUACUACAACAAGUACUACUGAAGCAUCAACUACCAUGGCAACUCCUACUACUACUACAACAACUACCACUAUCCUUCCAACUACUGCUGCAGUGCCAACCAGUACUGAAACACUCACUACUACAAUUCCAACAAGUACCACACAGCAAACUACUUCUGUGAUUUCAACCUCUACUACUACUAAAGCCUUGACUACUACAACAGCUCCUACUACUAUAAUACCAACUCCUACUACUAUUCCAACUACAACUUCAACAACCACUACAGCAGAGUCUACUACAUCACAAACUAAUACUGUAGCCCCAAGUACUACAGCAAAUCCUACUUCUACUGCAGUUUCAACAACUGCUGAAGCCCUAACUACUACAACAUUGCCAACUACCAGUAUAACUGGUCUUUCUACUCCUUUGGCUUCAUCUUCUACUUCUACUGUCACUACAACUUUAGCACCAACUACUACUGCAGGUACAACUUCUACUGCAUCAACUGCUAAUGCAGCAGCUACAACAACAGCAACUCCAAUUAGUACUACUACUUCAACAACCACUACAUCAACUACUACUGAAUCUCCAACUACUACUGCAGUUCCCUCUUCCACAACAGUUUUAACUACAAUUGUUGUCCCUACCACUACUGCAACAUCACCAACUACCACUUUAACUGUUACCACUACUCCUUUGGCUUCAUCUACUCCUUCUACCUCUACUACACCUUCAUCACCAACUAAUACUGCAGAAACAACUUUUGUUGCUUUAACUACUUCUGCAAUUUCUGCAACUACCAGUACAUUAGUAACUACUACUACUGCAGUUUCAACCAGCACUGAAUCCCUAACUACUGCAACACCACCAACUACUAUUAUAACUGCUACUACCACUCCUUUUAUUUCAACUACUUCCACUGCUUUUACCACCACUUCAGCACCAACUACUACUGCAGGUAUAACAUCUGCUGCUUCAACUACAUCUGCAGCUACAACAACAGCAACUCCAAUUAGUACCACAACUUCAACAACCACUACAUCAGCUACUACUGAGUUUCCAACUACUACUUCAGUUCCCUCUUCCACAACAGUAUUAACUACAACUGUUAUGCCUACCACUACUGCAAUACCAACCACCACUGCAGGCCUAACUACUACAACACCACCAACUACCACAUUAACUGUUACCACUACUAAUUUGGCUUCAUCUACUACUUCUAACCCCACUACAACCUCUGCACCAACUACUACUGCAGAAACAACUUCUGUUGCUUUAACUACUUCUGCAAAUCCUGCAACUACAUUAACUCCAAUUAGUACUACAACCACUACAGCAGCAUCUACUACAGUCCCCACUACUACAGCAAAUCCCACCUCCAGUACAUUAGUAACUACUACCACUGUCCCUACUACUACCACAGUUGGUGUAUCUACAUCAUCUACAACAUCCACAAGCUCUGGAGAUAAUGGAGGCUCUUCCUCUACUACAGCAACCACAACCACUGCAUCUACAACAACUACAACUUCUGGAACCACCAGUACUACAACUACGUCUCCUACCAGCGGACAAGCAAAUGGCGCUGCUGUAUUAUCUGACAGUACACAAUUACCAAUUUGGGCAAUUAUCUUGUUUGGUUUACUGGCUGCCGGAAUGCUGGUGGGAUUAUUACUUGGGCUUGCAGGUUGUGCUCAUUAUAUCAUAUACAGAGUGGGGAGCUACCCAAGCUACUCUACACACUAUGGACAGUGGAGUCCUUCAAAUCAACUAACAAACCCAGAAGGGGGAGUAAUACAACGGGAAAUAACUUGCUUUCCAAGACCAGAAAUCAAGAGAUGA